GUACUAGCCUCGGCGCGGGGGGCUGGAAACGGUCCCUACGCAGCCUUUUAAAAGAGGGGCAGGGGAGGGCGCUCCGGCUCCGCACCCAGCCAGGUGCAGCCCCCAGGCGGUUUGUGUUGGGGCUUUUACCCCCGGCGCGGGGGCGGGGGAGCCGCCCGACACCGAUCGGCCUGGUCUUGUCUCCUUUCGGCCAGGAUGGCUGCCCGCGGCGAGGUGCCCUCCGGCCGCCCGCAGGCUCCCAGCACCGCUUCGCCCCGGCUGCCGCCUGUGAUCCAGCACCCGCUCUCCCGGCUCGGCGACCCGGAGCGCCUGGCUCUGCGCGGGUUCGCGCCUCGCGGACAGCGGCCUGCAGGGGGCGGCGGCGGCGCCUGGGCCCCGCCGCCGCAGCCCCCCGAGCCGGAGCUGCUGGCGCCCGCCUUCCGCGGUGCCCGCUCCCUGCCGGCCCCCCCGCAGCCGCAGGAGGUCUCCGCCCGCGCGGCCCCGGGCAAGCCCAAGCUCCCGCUGUUCGGUACGUGCCGGCAGAGCGUGGGGAGGGGCCCGCCAGGGGCCAGUCUGCCCCCGUCCCGUGGGAGCUGGAGGGAGCCCCCGGGGCGGGCAGAGCUGCCGCGCGAGGAGAGCACAGGCCAACAAGCUGACAUUGGAAACUCAGCAGUAAGCAGAGCAAGUUUUGCUAGCAGCAGGACCAGUUUACUGUCUCAGCCUGGGGGACAGCUCAGGAUUGAAGCUGAUGAGCUGGAGCACAUUUUGCAUGAAAAAAUGAGAUCUGGAGGCUAUUUUACUAUGAGACAACUGUUCAAAAACAAUGACCCUGAGGGCAAGGGGCAGGUCAAUAGAGAUGUGCUACUAAUGAUGCUGACCAAAUUUCUUGGAAGGUAUAUCAGCUUCAAGCAGUAUCAGCAACUUCUUCUAAGGCUUAAGCUACAGGACAAAGCCAUUAUCAAGUUUGAAGAGUUAUAUGCAGCAAUUUGUGAUCCUGCUACUUCUGGGGCUCCAGCCUGGCUUGAUCCCAUCAACCACAGACAGGGGGGUGGAGUCAUGAUGACUGCUUCACAGGUGCAUGCACAACUGAAAGAAAAAGCAAAACAAAGGUCCCUGGAUAUUGCUGAUCUGAUGCCCCAGAAGAACCCAGGUGAUGACAUCAGGAUUCUGGUGCCUGAGUUUAAGAACAUACUUAACAAACUAGGUUUUCACAUUGGAAAUGAGGAGUUUGAAAAGCUUUGGAGAAGAUAUGACACAGAAGGAACAGGAGUUCUGAAAGGAGAUAUACUACUUAAAAAAUUAGGAGCUAAGCUCCAAAAUGGAUCUUCAAACAACGCUAAAGUUUCUGGACAAAGCAGGGAAAUCUCGAAAGCAGAGUGGGAACGCAGAGCUUCACUUGACAUAGAAAGGUGGCUGAAAGAUAAAUUCAGAGAAGGAUUUAGAAACAUGAAAGAAGAAUUUGAAAAACAUGACCCACAAAAAACAGGCAAGGUGGGAAAAGAAUCCUUCUUGUCAAUCCUACAAAAAUUUGACAUGCAUCUCAAAAAGGAGGAUUUUAACCUUUUCCUGACAAGAUGUGGCCUUGAAAACAGCCAAACUGGGAUCAAUUAUUUGGAUCUUCUAAGGAACUUCCAGGAUCGUAGUGACAGAGGGAUCACACACAAAAUUCUCUCUAAUCCCAAGCAUAAAUUUCAUCGUGAAGGGAGCAUCAGCCCAGCUUCCACUCUGACUGCAAUUGAAGCCAAGUUGGCAAAUUUGUUUCAGUCUGAUUUCCUUUCACUCUUGGCCACAUUCCAAAAAAUUGACAGGUUGGAGAGAGAGGUCAUUAGUCAGCAGGAGUUUCAAGCAGCAAUUGAGAGCAGGUUUGGCGUGGAGAUUACUGAUGAAGAGUUUGAGCUGCUACUUGACAGAAUCCCCCUUGAUGAAGAUGGAAAUGUCAGAUACCCCCAGUUCAUGGCCAUGUUUGAUUCUCGCAGAGGGUUGCCUAGUCUCUUUGAUGAGAAGUCUGUAACAAAUUCUGCGUGUGAGCCUAACGAAGACAAAGAUGGGCAGAAACAGAAAGAAAAUAUCCCUAACCAGAAAGUGAAAUACACCUGUGGAAGAACUCCAAUGCAGCUGUUCAAGAUUAUUAAAAGCUUGCUAAAUAAACACUACCAAGCAAUAGAGAAAGAGUUUGAAGAUUUAGAUGAAAUGAACUCCCGGCGCCUCACUCAGGAGACUAUGUACCUUCUCUUGAAGCGGUUUGACAUCCGACCUGAAAUAACUCGAGGUGAAAUCCACAGGCUGUGGGAAACUUUAAUUACAAAUCAGGACAAUACCCUUGACUUCAUGGAGUUCGUGAGACACUUUGGAUACUCCCCCAGCUCUUCGUGUUUCCCCAAUGCCAAGAUUAGUCCACCCAGAAAAGGGGACAAUAAUUUCAGGCUGUGUUCUAAAAAGCUCAGCUGUGAUUCUGAUAUACUGGUGGACAGGGUGCGAGCGAAAGUGGAGUAUUUGUGGGAUGAUCUCAAGAAAGAGUUUGAAGAGCUAGACCCCUACCAUACAGGCUUUGUAAGCAAGGAGGAAUUUAAAGAUAUUUUGACUGAGCUCUGUGUGCAUCUUAAUGAGUAUGAAUGUGAAAUGCUGGGACAGAAAUUUGAAAGCAAUGGAGAUGGACGUGUUUCAUACCUGGAGUUUCUGAAGCCCUUUGCUUUCAGUAGACAAAGAUGGAAGAAUGGGAAUAACAUGGCUGCUGUUAUGCAGGCAUCUCAGGGUGAGACAGAUCAAUCCCACACGGGAACGCAGACUGCAGAGCUGGGUGGUCUGACAACCAGACUACGAAAAAAGUUACGAGGGGACUGGAAGACCCUUCGAAGAGCUUUUAAGAAGCUGGAUAUUUACAGCAAUGGCUACCUCUCUUUGCCAGAAUUCAGAUCUGUCUUGAAGCUCUGUAACCUUCUGCUAAAUGAAGAUGAGGUUUACCACAUUUUAUCUAAGUUUGAUCCCAACCUGGAUGGGCGAAUUGAUUACAAGUCCUUUUUGGAAGAAACUUGCAAAAAAGGCCAACCACGUACAGCCAAAAAAUCUACUGCAAACCCACAAUAAAAUAAUGUAGAAUAUUCUUGUGAGUAGAAGCAGAAGAAUGGUGUCUGCAUGCUCCCAGCUAAGUCAUUUGCUUCUCUUUGUAGUGUGCAUCACUGCUUUGUGUCUUUUGGCUACUCAUGAGUUGCCCACUGUAUUACCAGUUGUUUUGUAGGGGGAUAAUAAAAACUGUGAGAGCAGAGAAUGAAGCUGAGUAUUAAAUACUCUGCUAUAUUUAAAACGUAAUUCAAGCUGUUACUAAGAAAACUAACAUUCUGAAAAGCAGAGGGAAGGAUGCAGCUUAGAGAGAUGCUAAUUUUUAAGAAAAUAAAAAUUUCAGUGAAGGUAAUGCAUGGAUUUUUGCUGUGUAGGAUGCAAUGACAAUGGGAAAGAGUCCCUUUGAUUUCACUGAGAGUUGGAUCAGGUCCUUUGUAUGUGUUAGCCAGAAUUUGGCCCUUAAUAUAAACAUACAUUUUCUUGCUUAGUUGUCUUUUCUUUUUUCUUACAAACAUAGUUUCUCCACAGAGUACAACAGGCAGAGGACCCAAUUCUGCAGCAGCUCUGCACAUGACUUCACUGAACCUUCCCUGCUCAAAGCAGCUGUAUGUUUAGACCCAUGUUAUUUAUCUGUUUCUUUUUGUAGUACAAAUACAUUUUCAUAAUUAUGUAAACGCAUAGUUGGUUUGGUUAAAAAAAUAUCUGGACUCACUUAAAUAUGUGUCAUUUGUCCACUCAGUACAUAGGACCAAAUUCACUGCUGGUGUAAUUCCACUAAAGAGACUUCUUAUGUAUAUAAAUAUAGUUCCACUGAUUUCAGUGAAGCUUUGCUGAUUUACAUUAGCUGAGGAUCUGGCCAGGCAUGUCUAUGCAAAGGUAUUGCCAUGGGUGAGGAGAUCUUUUUGGUUUGCUUUGAACACACUCUUCCCCUGCAGCUACUCACUUGAAAUCCAUCAUAAAUAAAAAUGUUCAUUAUUAUCCUGUGAUGUGUUGGUUUUGCAGGAUCUUUGCAGUCUAUGUAUUCUGGGAAUCAUACAGGAAAAGAUUAAUUCCUGCUGUAGCUCCUUUUCCAAAUUCUUUUCCCUGCUUGCUAUCUCAUAGUGUACGUCAAACCUACUCUCAGCUAUACCAGUAUAACCCUAUUGUGUCCAAUGGGCUUGUACUAUCCAAUUUACCUUGGUGGGAUUGCACAGCUAUAAAUGAGUUUUAGCCCUAGUGUGAGCAGGAAGAAAAACCAGCUCAUUCCCCAGCAGUUGGGAUGACUCUGCAGUGCCAAUGGGAGUAAGAAGCAGUUUAAAAAAAAUAUUUUUACAAUAAAGCGAGAAGGUCUAACUCUGAUUACACACCAUGGGGCAGAUCCUCAACUGGUGUAAAUUGUCAUAGCUCUAUUAAAGUCGAUGGAACUAUGACAAUUUACACCAGCUGAGGAUAUUUGUUGAGUUAAGGCCCUGAUUCAUCACUGAGGUUCCUGAAUUUGUGUUAAGCACCUGCAGGAUGGUGCCUGCUUUUCUGUACCUAGUGUGAAUUAGAACUGCACUGUAAGCUUUUAUAUUGUUACAGUAAUGAAUAAUGAAGUUACCUUUCAACUUUUCAUUGAACGAGCAAAAAAUACACAUUUCUGUUAACAAAAAAGCAUUUAUUGUUAAUCUAACUGCACUAAUCUUAAUAGAGGUGAUGAAAUAUCAUGCAUGUUUAAAGAUUUUGUAUUGCUGUAAUUUCAAAGUUAGCAUUACAGGGUUUACUUUCAAAAUGAACGUGGAUUUAACAUUUUCUGUCUCAGUCACAUUGAACUUUCCAAAUAAAAGUCUCUUUUUUUUACAUGGGAACUUUCA